UUUUCAUAACUUUAAAACCCGCCAAAAGAAAGUCUAGCCAUAGCUGUAAGUUUAACCUCGUAUCAUUCCGCUCUGGAACAUGCGUCUCUCCGCCGCCAUUAACUCUUUCAAGUCCUCCAAUCUCAUCUCAUGGAAAACGACAGGUAAGCUUCAACAAACCCUAGCGGGAUGCAUCGAACUGUCGGGAAAAACACUUCACUCGGGGAAGGUUUCGAAGGUAAAGAUAUGGCCGGUAUUCGCCGGCGAAGGAAGGUACUUUGAGUUUCACUCAAAUUUGAUUCCUGCAUCCAUCGAUUUUGUUCGAGAAUCGCUGUUGUGUACCACUCUUUGCAAAGACGGAUACAAGAUUCGGACCGUCGAGCAUUUGCUUUCGGCUUUGGAAGCUAAGGGCAUCGACAAUUGUAGAAUUCAGAUUCAAAGUCUCGAUUCUGAGGAUACUGAGGUCGAGGUUCCUUUUUUUGAUGGGUCUGCAAAUGCUUGGGUAGAGGCAAUAGAACAAGUUGGCAGAAAAGAGGCCUUGGAUCGGUGUGGCAACAAUGUUGAGAAAUUGGCACCACAUUUGAGUGAGCCAUUUUAUGUUUCGAGAAAUGAUUCUUUUAUGGUUGCCUUCCCUGCUUCAAAGGUUCACAUAUCUUGUGGAAUUGACUUUCCAAAGGUGCCUGCAAUUGGAUGCCAGUGGUUUUCUUCAGCUGCUCUGGAUGACUCCUAUGAAAAGCACAUAGCAUGUUCUAGAACUUUCUGCAUCUAUGAGGAGGUGGAACAUAUGUGCAGUAUGGGACUUAUUAAAGGGGGAUCCCUAGACAAUGCCAUUGUAUGCAGUGCUACUAAAGGAUGGCUGAAUCCACCGCUUCGUUUCCCUGAUGAACCUUGUCGCCAUAAGGUCUUGGAUCUUAUAGGUGACCUUUCCCUUUUUGCACGGUCUGGUAGUCAAGGAUUUCCUAUGGCACGAGUAAUAUCUUUCAAGGGUGGUCAUUCACUUAAUGCUGAUUUUGUACGCCGACUGUCGGGAAUCACUGUGCAAGAAACUUAAUGGUCUUUCUCCUCAGAAAUUUUCUAGUUUGCAUAUCAAAGGUUAGAAAUGUCUGGCUUAGAGGUCUGCAACAUCGUUUUAAGUAUGAAGACAAUUAGGGAUGUUGAAGGGACACGAAAACUUGAAGGGUAAGUUAACCGAGGUGUGUUUUCUGACUGUCAAGGUAUAAAAUCCAGAAAUGCUGCAGUUUCUUACAAUUUUGACGAGUCCUUGCUUUGAAACUGUAAGUCUGCACCUAAUUUAUGAUUCCUUAUUCAUUUAUUUAUUUAAAGAUGCUUUGUUUUGGGGAGCUUUAUUGGCUGCUACCAACCAUGCUUCGUAGGUAAGCUGUUAAAACAAAACUUAAAAGCAUAGGUGAUUAAACUGUUGGACGAAACUUCAGAUGAUCUAUUGGGUUUGGAUCAAGUCUUGUGUUUUUUUUUUCUUUUGCCUUUUCAGAGAUUGAUUGUUGUCUUUAUUGUAGCUCUAAAUGGUCUUUCCCCCUUUCUUUUUCUUCUAUUUUCAAGCUGCUUGUAGUCACUGUUAUUUUAUUCUAUUAUUAAAAAAAUUGUAAAAAACUUAAUUUUCUUAUUCUAUUUAACUUCUCUUAAGAAA